AUGGAAGAUGGUCACGACCCGGCUGUCGAACAAACUCCGCAACUCUCAGAAGUGCCGGAUGAGCAGGAGCAUGAGCAGGAGCAGGAGUGGGUGCCACACCGGGAGCGGGAGGAGAAUGAGAGGGAAAUGGAGAAGGAGAUGUCUGGUAGGAGCUGUACGGCGAUGCGGAACCCGAAAUGGAGCCGCUCCCCGAACCACCACGACCACGACGCUGUCGAGAGCGGAGAGGAAGAGAAGAGAUAUGAACUUACAUGGGAAGAGAGGAGAGGAAGAGAGGGGAGGAAGGAGGCCGAGAGGAAGAGAGGAGAGGAGAGGAGAGGAGAUCCGUCGAGGAAGAGAGAAGAGAGGAGAGGAGAAGGACAGGAGCCGCGAGGAAGAGAGAGGAGAAGAGAAGGAGGCGGUGAGGAAGAGAGGAAAAUCGAGAAGGAGAGAAAUGGGGAAGAAAAGAAUGAAAACCUAAUUUAUGAGGGGUCCGACGGACAUGGUCCGUCGAAAUUUCCUCGAAAUUUUUUAACGGGGUCGUCGAAAUUUCCUCGAAAUUCUCUUGUUGGCGGCUAG